AUGAGUGACAACGCAUCUCCAGCUGCCACCGCCUCGCAUUGGAAAUCUGGAGCAAUUGCCGGAAGCUCUGUGGCGGAAGGUGAGCUUCUCAAAGCAUCUUCGUCUUGGGGUACGGUAGGUCACAACGAUAGGUCCACAAUCGAUGGCUUAGUCUCAGACUCUCACUUUGGUAGAUCUGAUAGUCAAUCUGGCACUGGAUCUGCUUUCUCCACUCCAGGCACUGUUCCCCAACACCAAUACCGUAGCACUUCGCGUCCUACACAACCCCAAGGGCAAUAUCAGAAGCAACUUCAAGCAGACCGCGACAAGGAAGGAAGGCGGAAAACCUUGAUGACUGACUUGACUGAAAAACAACAACAACUGAAUGAAUUGCAGAACGACCUCCACAAACUGCAAACGGCUAUGGACAUACCCCUCACUACGUCCUUGGGUUAG